AUGUAUUGCACUGGAUUGCUGAUCUUCCUUCUUUCUUCCAGCCUCCUCUGGUCAUUGAGUCAAAGCACACAACCAUACUUUGCGGCCAAGGACUGCUCAGGAGAUUAUUACAGUAUUGGUGACACAUACAGAGGCGGCCUCAUUCGUCUAUUCACUGAACUAUCCAAUAAUGCUAACAACAGUAUUGGAGGUGGAGGAUUUUACAGCGCAUCAUUUCCCCAGAAUCCCAACCCAAUCUAUGGUCUCUAUAUGUGCAGAGGCGAUAUAACCUCAGAAGACUGUAGUCAGUGCGUUAGCACUGCUCUCGGAAAUAUCACAAUAAGUUGUCCCAAUACGACAAAUGCAAUAAUAUGGUAUGAUUUAUGCAUGUUACGAUACACAAACCAGUCGUCCAUCUUCUCAACUAUGCAAUAUAAUCCAGCUUAUUAUUUGUUGAAUGUCAAUAACUCGACCAACUCAAGCCAAUUUAGGCAGGCUGUGAUAGAUCUAGUGGGUGUGGGUGGCCUUGCGAAACAGGCGGCGUAUUCCACCCAUAUGUAUGCAGAUGGGGCUCGGUAUUAUACUAGCAACAAUGAGAUAUAUGGGUUAGUGCAGUGUAAUCCUAAAAUAUCUCAGGAUGAUUGCUUCAACUGCUUAGGUCAGGCUGAGGGCAUUAUCACAACACAAGGCAUUAAUGGAUUUGAAGGCGCGAGAGUUCUCAUGCCGAGUUGUAAUCUGAGGUAUGAGAUCUACCCUUUCUAUGAAUCAAGUGCUGCUGCUGCACCAGCUCCAUCACCUCUUGCAAACCCAUCAGGGAAUGGGAACACUUUGGUUUUUGCAGGGAAUGGGAACAGUUCACCAAAUAUUGUCAUUAUUACUGUUGUCCUGGCAACAACAGCAGUUAUACUUGUUUCUGUCAUGUGUAUAUGUUUUUGUAGGAGGAGGAAGCCAAAGACUGAAAUUGAUGGUUUGGAUGAGAUUAGCAUGGUGCAAUCCUUACAAUUCAACUUUGGUACAAUAAGAGCUGCCACAUUCAACUUCUCUGAUUUGAAUAAGCUUGGACAAGGUGGAUUCGGUCCUGUCUACAAGGGUAAGCUUUUGAAUGAACAAGAAAUUGCUGUGAAGAGGCUUUCUAGACAUUCUGGACAAGGUGAACUAGAAUUUAAGAAUGAGGUGGAGUUAUUGGCCAAGUUGCAACACAAGAAUCUUGUACGUCUCCUCGGCUUCAGCUUGCAAGGAGAAGAAAAGCUCCUGAUCUAUGAAUUCUUGCCAAAUACAAGCCUCGAUCACUUUAUAUUUGAUCCAAUCAAACGUGCACAUUUGGACUGGGAAACACGUCACAAAAUAAUAAGAGGGAUUACUCGAGGGCUUCUCUAUCUCCAUGAAGAAUCUCGACUUACGAUUAUACAUCGAGAUCUCAAAGCCAGCAAUAUUUUGUUAGACAAGAAGAUGAACCCAAAAAUAUCAGAUUUUGGAAUGGCAAGGCUUUUUGUAGUCGACGAAACUCAAAAUACGAAUAGGAUUGUCGGAACAUAUGGAUAUAUGGCUCCAGAGUAUGCAAUGCAUGGUUUCUUCUCAGUUAAGUCAGAUGUCUUUAGUUUUGGGGUCUUACUUUUGGAGAUUGUGAGCGGCCAGAAGAACAACAGCUUUUAUCAAUUGGAGCAGACAGAGAACCUUCUUAGCUAUGCAUGGAGAAAGUGGAGGGAAGAUACACCCUUGGAGUUGAUAGAUACAACUUUGAGAGGAAAUUGUUCAAUAAGUGAAGUGAUGCGAUGCAUUCAUAUUGGAUUGCUAUGUGUUCAAGAAAAUGCUGCUGACAGACCCACCAUGGCAUCAGUUGAUCUCAUGUUCAAUAGCUCAUCCAUCACUCUCUCAAUACCAUCAUCACCUGCCUUUUCUGUUUAUAACACAAGGGAAGCAGACAAAUCUUCCUCUUGGAAUGAUUCAUCGGUAACAGAUCAAGUCUCAUCCACAACUAAGUCAACACAAAGGUCUACCAAUGGUGCAUCUAGUAUUGAGCUAACCCUCGGUGAGAUACAUGAAAAUAGUAAUCCAUCACCAUAA